AUGUAUGUCAAGCAGAUCAUCAUCCAGGGCUUCAAGAGCUACAAGGACCAGACGGUCAUUGAGCCAUUCUCCCCUAAACACAAUGUUAUUGUUGGCCGCAAUGGUUCUGGCAAAAGUAACUUCUUCGCCGCUAUCCGUUUCGUCCUGAGCGAUGCGUACACCCAUCUUGGCCGUGAGGAGCGGCAGGCCCUUCUCCAUGAAGGAUCAGGUUCCGCUGUAAUGUCGGCCUACGUGGAAAUUAUCUUCGACAAUUCGGACGAUAGAUUCCCUACUGGAAAGCCUGAAGUGGUUCUCCGUCGUACCAUUGGUACAAAGAAAGACGAGUAUACUCUGGACCGGAAGAAUGCUACCAAGAACGAUGUUAUGAACCUCCUCGAGUCCGCUGGCUUUUCCCGCUCGAACCCAUACUACAUUGUCCCCCAAGGUCGUGUCACUGCAUUGACAAACAUGAAGGACUCGGAACGGCUGGUCCUUCUCAAAGAAGUCGCCGGUACUCAGGUGUACGAGGCCCGUCGUUCGGAGUCACUGAAAAUCAUGAAUGAGACGAACAGCAAGCGCACUAAGAUCGACGAACUGCUCGACUACAUCAACGAGCGACUGGCUGAACUGGAAGAGGAGAAGGAUGAGCUUCGCAAUUAUCAAGAGAAGGAUAAGGAACGUCGAUGCCUCGAGUACACAAUUUACUCUCGCGAGCAGCACGAGAUCUCAAACGUAUUGGAGAAUCUAGAAGAGCAACGUCAAAAUGGGGUGGAGGAUGCGGACAGCAACCGAGAGCAAUUCAUCGAAGGCGAAAAGGCAAUGGCUCAGAUCGAUGCUGAGAUCUCCGACUGCCGUCAGGAGAUUGAAUUUCUCAAAGUUGACAAGGCUCAGAUGGAAGAAGAGCGCCGCGAGGCCUCCAAGGCUCUCGCCCAGAUCGAACUCCAGGCUAAAUCUCUUGCUGAUAACCAGGCUGCGGCACAGGCUCUCAAGUUGCGCCACGAUAAUGAUCUUAACGCCGUAAAGUCGGCUAUCGCGGAGCGGGAGGCUGAACUUCAAGAGCUCCUUCCUUCAUUCAAUGCUUCUAAAGACCAAGAAGAUGGCAUUAAGGCCAAGCUCACUGAGGCAGAAACCUCUCGUCAACGACUAUAUGCCAAACAGGGCCGUAACUCACGCUUCAAGAACAAGUCGGAGCGAGACAAGUGGUUGCAGAUGGAAAUCCAAGAAACCAAUCGAUCGCUGGAGACUGUCCAAGGCGUCGUUGCGCAAACCAAUGAAGACAUCAAGGAGCUGGAGUCCGAUAUUGCUGAGCUUGAACCCGAAAUAGAAAGGUUACGAAAACAGAUCGAUGGUCGGGGAGACACGAUUCAAUCGGUUGAGCAAGAAGUCCAGGCCGCGAAAGAUGAGCGAGAGCGACUAAUGGAUCAACGUAAAGAGCUCUGGAGAGAAGAAGCAAAGCUGGACUCUGUUCUUUUCACUGCAUCGCAGGAGAUGGACCGCGCUGAGCGCAGUCUGUCACAUAUGAUGGAUCACAACACCAGCCGAGGUAUUGCUGCUGUUCGCCGGAUCAAGCGCCAGCACAAUCUGGAAGGUGUCUACGGUACUCUAGCAGAGCUUUUCGAUGUCAGCGACAGAUAUCGAACCGCCGUGGAGGUCACCGCAGGCCAAAGUCUGUUUCAUUACGUCGUUGAUACCGAUGAGACUGCGACUACCGUUUUGGAAAUUCUGCAGAAGGAGAAAGCAGGCCGCGUGACUUUCAUGCCUCUGAACCGCCUACGCUCAAAGCCUGCAAACCUUCCUCGUGCCAGUGACACCAUUCCCAUGAUUGACAAGCUCCAGUAUGACCCUGCAUAUGAACGAGCAUUUCAACAUGUGUUUGGAAAAACAAUCAUCUGCCCCAAUUUACAGGUGGCAUCACAAUACGCCCGCAGCCACGGCGUGAACGCCAUUACACCAGAGGGAGAUCGAUCCGACAAGCGUGGUGCGCUCACUGGUGGUUUCCACGACACCCGUCAAUCCCGCCUCGAUGCUGUCAAGGUCGUCGGCAAGUGGAGGGAUGAAUACGAAAUGAAGCGUAACCGUGGUAUAGAGAUCCGGAAGGAACUUGAGAAGCUUGAUCAGCUUAUUACGAAAGCCGUUGGUGAACUGCAGAAGAUCGAACAGCAACGACACCAAGUGCAGAAUAGCAGCGGGCCUCUUCGGCAAGAACUCCGAAACAAGCGUGAACUCUUGCAAAAUAAGACUGACAACCUCGAUGCCAAACGGCGGGCUCUCCGUAAUGUCCAAGCUAACCUUGCCGCCCUCGAGGAUCAAGUAAACGCUUUCCAAGGUGAAUUGUCAUCUCCAUUCCAAAAGGCGCUCACAAAUGAGGAAGAAGCCACUCUCGAGACACUUAGCGGCACCGUCCAAGACUUGCGACGACAGUACCAAGAAAUCUCAACUCAGCGCAGCGAGUUGGAAGCCAGGAAGUCGGUGCUGGAAGUCGAACUGCGGGAGAACCUCAACCCACGCUUGGACCAGCUUCUCAACAGAGAUGUGGACAUGGCCGAGGAAGAGGUGCAGGGCAGCCUGAAGGAGACUCAACGCGAGCAGAAUCGCUUGAGUAAAGCCCUUGAGAAACUCAACGGCCGCCUCAAGCAGGUCGACACCUCAAUUGAAGAAGCAAAUGCUCGCGUCAUCGAGCUUCAGCAGCGGAAUGCCGAGACUCGCCGUGAACUCGAGGAGCUCGCCCGUUCCAUCGAGAAAUACCAGCGACGAAUGGAAAAGAGCAUGCAGAAGAAGGCAGCUCUGUCAAAGCAGGCAGCUGAGUGUGCUUCCAACAUCCGUGACCUCGGUGUCCUCCCAGAUGAAGCGUUCACCAAAUACAAGAACACGGAUUCGAAUACUGUGGUCAAGAAGCUUCAUAAGACCAAUGAGGCUCUGAAGAAAUACUCCCAUGUCAAUAAGAAGGCAUUUGAGCAGUAUAACAGCUUCACCAAGCAACGCGAGACCUUGACUACCCGCCGGGAGGAACUUGAUGCCUCCCAAAAAUCCAUCGAUGACCUGAUCUCUGUCCUUGAUCAGCGCAAGGACGAAGCUAUCGAGCGGACUUUCAAGCAGGUCUCCCGGGAAUUUGCGAAUGUUUUCGAGAAGUUGGUGCCUGCUGGCCGCGGCCGUCUCAUUAUCCAGCGCAAGACGGAUCGUGCAACUCGCGGCGAUGACGAACUAGAUUCCGAGGACGAAGAGGCGCGUCAGAGUGUCGAGAACUACGUGGGUGUCGGUAUCAGCGUGAGCUUCAAUAGCAAGCAUGACGACCAGCAACGUAUUCAGCAAUUGAGUGGUGGGCAGAAGAGUUUGUGUGCCCUGGCUCUCGUCUUCGCCAUCCAAGCCUGUGACCCUGCUCCUUUUUACCUGUUCGACGAGAUCGACGCCAAUCUCGACGCCCAGUACCGUACUGCGGUGGCCCAAAUGCUGCAGUCCAUUUCCGACUCAACUAAUGGGCAGUUUAUUUGCACUACCUUCCGGCCGGAGAUGCUGCACGUUGCUGAGAAAUGUUACGGUGUGAGCUUUCGCCAGAAGGCUAGUACGAUUGAUGUGGUGUCGCGGGAGGAAGCUCUGAAGUUUGUGGAUGAACAGAAGAGCUAG